AUGAGCGCUUGCGAGAAGACAAACCAGUGGGAGAGAGCUGCAGACGCCCUAUCUCAGCUUCCCGUGGCCGCUUUGCAGCCCAGCCUGGUGGCAUGCAACGCCGCCCUCAGCGCUUGCCGCUGGCGCGUGGCUGCUAGGAUGCUGGCCACGCUUCGCCGUUUACUGCGCCCAGACCUGGUCUCCUGGAAUGCCUUCGCCAGUGCUUGCGAGAAGCAGAGCGUUUGGCGUUCGGUGCUGGGGGUCUUUCAGCAGCUCAGCCUCCAGCGACUGGCUCCGGACGAGCGCACCUUCGCCGCGGCGUUUUUCUCCAGCACUUGGCCCCGCGCUCUGCGCCUGGCGCGGCAGAUGGCCGCUGCAAGCCUCCAGCUGGAUGUGAUCAUGCACCAGACCCUGCUGGAGUCUUCCCUCUGUGUCCGUCAGCCUCCGAAGGACACCUUCCAACAGCUGUCAGAGCUUGGUGUCUCACUGCUGCGAGGCAUAAAACAC